AUGUCCCGUCUCACACCGCCGGAAGCGCCUCAUAGACGGCUGGCUGAGAAGGGCCACGAGCAGGCAGCUAUUGAGCAAGUGUUGAGGGCCGUGACACUCGAGCCAGCCCUCCGAGCCGAGCUGCAGGCAGCGGCCACGACCACGGUCAAUGCGCGACUGCACAUUGUUUCGGAUGCCAAUACAGUUUUCAUCGCAGAAAUCCUGCAGGCCAAUGACUUGACUGCCGUCUUUGGUGACCGCAUCUUUACAAACCCGGGCCGCUUUGACAAUGUGCAAGAGCUUCAUUUUUUUUUGGCUUGUGGUCUGGAUCGCUGGUGCACUUUGAGCUGCUGCUGCUGCGACGACGACGCCAACGACGACGACGACGUAUGCCACGCCACCAAGACCAGCGAACUCGCCAGCUCAGCCGGCAUGGGCUGGGGUAAAGUUCGCUCCGGUAUUGACGCCGUCCAUCGCGUUGAGGUGGAUUGCCCCGAGUUUUUGAAAGAGCCCAAGACGUGUGCCAUUGUUGGUGCCCCCUUCACCUACGGUCAACCCCGAUAUGGUGUCGAUAACGGACCCGAGGCUUUGCGUGACGCUGGCUUGAUGGAGGCCCUGCUCCGUCUGGGCUGGCGUGCUUACGAGCACGGUGAUAUUACCUUUGAAUCACCCGCCCGUGGCAACCCUCGCUAUGAGGGCCCGGGAUCGUGCAAGCAUCCCUACGUGGUUGGCGAGGCUAACCGCCAGAUUGCCGAAGUGUGUGAGGAACAUGCCCGCGAGGGCCGCUUCGUUCUCACCCUCGGCGGUGAUCACUCCAUUGGCGUCGGCACCAUUGCUGGCCAAUUGCUCGUUCGCCCAGAGACUGGCGUCAUCUGGGUCGACGCCCACGCCGACAUCAACACCCCGGCCCUCUCCGGAUCGGGCAACAUGCACGGCAUGCCCCUGGCCUUCCUCUCGCGCCUCGUCGCCCCCGAAGAGGUGCCCGGCUUUGACUGGCUCAAGCGUGUACCCGCCCUCGACCCCUCGACCCAACUCGUCUACAUUGGCCUCCGUGACGUCGACAAGCCCGAGCGCGAUAUCAUUCGUCAACACAACAUCAAGGCCUUUACCAUGUCCCAUGUCGAUAAGUUUGGCAUUGGCAAGGUGAUGGAGAUGGCACUUGACCAUUUGGGCGAGCGUCCCCUGCAUCUGUCGUAUGACAUUGAUGCUUGCGACCCUGCCAUUGCCCCUUCCACGGGCACCGCAGUCCGUGGUGGUCUCACCUACCGCGAGGCUCACUACGUUGCCGAAGCCGCCAACGAGACCCACCGCCUCGCAUCGAUGGAUCUCGUAGAGGUCAACCCCACCUUCAACGGCGAGAUG